UCUGUGGUUUCUAAAUCACUUUGGAGAAAUUUCUGCAUAACUAUAAUGUCUCACGUGCAUAUUUGUAAGUAGGUCGCAGUCCUCUCUGUUCCUGCCAACUUGUUUCAUGUGCUUCCAUCUUCAGCCUCCAUCUGAAGGCACUCUUUAAGACAGAGCUUCGAUUCUGCUGCAACCCAUUUCCACACAGUGCCUUGUCAAAUCUCUUCCUUCUCUACCCAUUCUCUCCAUCACACCUCCUACCAUUGUAUCUCUCCAUCACUUCUCCUUUUUCCAUCUGCAGAAACAUUCAUUCUCUCCUCCAACCUCUCUCCAUAUUUUAGCUGGUUCAUCAGUUUUACUGGAUGUUAUUAUUUUAUCUCUUUUUCCUUCUCUCUCUCUCUCUCCCUUUCAUUCUCUCUGUUUUCAUCUUGGAGACAGGAGUGUGCAUGCAGCAUCAAAUCUAAGUCUCUGCUCUGCUUAUGCGCUCUGCGCUACAAUCCUUCUUCCUCUCCCCUCUGUGCUUUACCGCACUGCUCACAUCUCCUCUCUCCACAUCUCCUUCUCUUCCUCACUUUUUCUUUCUCUACCUGCAUCUCUGUCACACCACAGGCUCUCAUUUCCACUGGGCAUUGCUGCGCUCUGUUUUGCUGUUUGGAGAAAGGCGGUACGCUCUGGGGAUCUUUUUGCGCCAGGGCUGAGCACUCUCCAGCGUCGUGCAGAGGAGGAUUUAGCUGCUCCUGGUGCACCAGGUUUGACUUGCCUUGGAUUCCUUGGAUCUGUGUGAUCUGGAGAACAGUGGAGGACAGGAGGAGGAAGAGGGGGGUGAGAGGUUUAUUGGCUUGGAGGAGUUGAGGCUUCAAGGUGGUGGCAGUGGCGGCUGAUGGUUGCCUGUCGAGGGUCAUGCCCUGGGACUUGUGUGUUAUUUGGCAGUUGGCGUUGGAGAUCCUGUCCCAUUUUUGCCCCCCUUGUGGGGCAGAAUUAAACCUGGUCCCGGGGAAAACCGCCGGGCACCAGUGGCUGCAGUGUGAAGAGUGGACACCAUGAACCAGCUGGACGCACCAAGACCACUUAACUGGACCAUCAGGAAACUGUGCCAUGCAGCCUUCCUGCCAUCUGUGCGGCUGUUAAAGGCACAGAAAUCGUGGAUAGAAAGGGCAUUCAGCAAGAGAGAAUGUGUUCAUAUCAUUGUGAGCGCCAAAGACCCCCAUAGGUGCUGUUGUGGUCGUCUCAUAGGUCAGCAUGUUGGUUUGCCUCCUGGCAUCUCAUCCAGUCAAAAUGACAAAGCAGAGCGUUUGGCCAAAAAUGACAGCCUGUCAGAGAAGUGGUCAAUCAGCAAGCACACGCAGCUCAGCCCCACUGAUGCCUUCGGCACCAUCGAGUUCCAGGGAGGAGGACACUCCAACAAAGCCAUGUAUGUGCGGGUGUCUUAUGACACCAAGCCUGACCUGCUGCUCCACCUGAUGACCAAGGAGUGGCAGCUGGAGCUUCCUAAGCUGCUCAUCUCAGUCCAUGGAGGCCUACAGAACUUCGAGUUACAGCCUAAGCUCAAGCAGGUCUUUGGCAAAGGGCUCAUCAAGGCAGCCAUGACAACAGGGGCCUGGAUAUUUACAGGAGGUGUUAACACAGGGGUGAUCCGCCACGUGGGGGAUGCACUGAAAGACCACGCCUCCAAGUCAAGAGGCAAAAUCUGCACCAUUGGUAUAGCUCCAUGGGGCAUUGUAGAAAAUCAGGAGGACCUUGUUGGCAAAGAUGUGGUGCGUCCGUACCAAACUAUGUCCAACCCCAUGAGCAAGCUGACGGUCCUCAACAGUCUUCACUCCCACUUCAUCCUGGCAGACAAUGGCACCACAGGAAAGUAUGGAGCUGAAGUCAAACUGCGGCGCCAGCUGGAGAAACACAUCUCCCUGCAGAAGAUCAACACACGGAUCGGCCAAGGCGUACCAGUGGUGGCUCUUAUUGUUGAGGGAGGCCCUAAUGUGAUCUCCAUUGUGCUGGAGUACCUCAGGGACACUCCUCCGGUCCCUGUGGUGGUAUGUGAUGGCAGUGGGAGAGCCUCUGACAUCUUGGCCUUUGGACACAAAUACUCAGAGGAGGGAGGCAUAAUUAAUGAGUCUCUUAGAGACCAGCUGCUGGUAACCAUCCAGAAAACCUUCACCUACAGCCGCACACAGGCCCAACAUCUGUUCAUCAUCCUCAUGGAGUGCAUGAAGAAAAAGGAACUGAUAACAGUUUUCCGGAUGGGCUCUGAGGGUCAUCAGGACAUUGACCUUGCCAUCCUCACUGCAUUGCUCAAAGGUGCCAAUGCUUCAGCCCCAGACCAGCUGAGUUUGGCUCUUGCAUGGAACAGAGUGGACAUCGCACGAAGUCAGAUCUUCAUCUAUGGACAGCAGUGGCCUGUUGGCUCCCUUGAACAGGCGAUGCUGGAUGCCUUAGUUUUGGACAGAGUGGACUUUGUCAAGCUUUUGAUUGAAAAUGGAGUCAGCAUGCACCGUUUUCUCACGCUUUCCAGACUGGAGGAGCUGUACAACACGCGACAUGGACCAUCAAACACACUUUACCACCUUGUGAGAGAUGUCAAAAAGGGAAAUCUGCCACCGGACUACCGCAUCAGCCUCAUUGAUAUCGGACUGGUCAUUGAAUACCUCAUGGGUGGGGCAUAUCGAUGCAACUAUACCAGGAAGAGGUUCAGAACACUGUACCAUAACCUCUUUGGGCCCAAAAGGCCCAAAGCACUGAAGCUGCUGGGAAUGGAGGAUGACAUGCCAAUCCGCAGAGGCCGACAGAAGACAACACGUAAGCGUGAGGAAGAGGUGGACAUUAAUUUGGAUGACCCUGAGAUAAACCACUUUCCCUUCCCCUUCCACGAGCUCAUGGUGUGGGCUGUGCUUAUGAAGCGGCAGAAAAUGGCGCUGUUCUUUUGGCAGCAUGGCGAGGAAGCUAUGGCCAAGGCUCUGGUGGCAUGCAAACUAUGCAAGGCUAUGGCACAUGAAGCAUCUGAGAAUGACAUGGUGGAUGACAUCUCCCAGGAACUCAACCAUAACUCCAGAGAGUUUGCCCAGCUAGCUGUGGAGCUCCUAGAUCAGUCCUAUAAACAGGAUGAGCAGAUGGCCAUGAAGCUAUUGACAUAUGAGCUGAAAAACUGGAGCAAUGCCACCUGCCUGCAGCUGGCGGUAGCAGCCAAACACAGAGACUUCAUCGCUCACACCUGCAGCCAGAUGUUGCUGACCGACAUGUGGAUGGGGCGUCUACGCAUGCGCAAGAAUUCAGGCCUGAAGGUGAUAUUAGGCCUGCUUCUUCCACCAUCCAUACUGAGUCUGGAGUUCAAAAACAAGGAUGAGAUGUCCUACAUGCCACAGGAUCAGGACACCUACCUGCAGGAGAAGGAGGAGGAGGAGCCAGAGAAGCCAGUCAAGGAGAAAGAGGAGGAGGACAUGGAGUUCACAGUAAGAGCUUACUGUGAGACGCAGUACAACUCCGUGGCAAUGCUAGGUAAGGUAACCACAGAGACAUCCAGAAAGAAGGAUGUUGAGGAGGUUCAGAGCCGCCACCGCCUUAUCCCCAUGGGACGCAAGAUAUACGAGUUCUACAACGCUCCGAUUGUCAAGUUCUGGUUUCAUACGAUGGCAUAUGUGGGAUACCUGAUGUUGUUUAACUACAUUGUCCUAGUCAAGAUGGACCUGUGGCCUUCUCCUCAAGAGUGGAUUGUCAUUGCUUACAUUUUCACCAAUGGCAUUGAAAAGAUGAGAGAGAUCCUUAUGUCAGAGCCGGGAAAGUUGCUACAGAAGGUGAAGGUGUGGCUACAAGAGUAUUGGAAUAUCACUGACCUCAUGGCAAUCCUCAUCUUCUCCGUCGGCAUGGUCCUGCGUCUCCAGGAGCCGCCGUUCAUGAGCUACGGGCGGGUCAUCUACUGUGUCAAUAUUAUCUACUGGUACAUCAGGCUGCUCGACAUUUUUGGAGUCAACAAGUACCUGGGUCCCUAUGUGAUGAUGAUUGGCAAGAUGAUGAUCGACAUGAUGUAUUUUGUCAUCAUCAUGUUGGUAGUGCUCAUGAGUUUUGGGGUGGCACGUCAGGCCAUCCUCAAUCCUAAUGAAGACCCGUCCUGGAUGCUGGCCAGAAACAUCUUCUUCAUGCCUUACUGGAUGAUCUAUGGGGAGGUGUUUGCCGACCAGAUUGACCAUAUGCAUAUUAAGAAGGUACAGCAAAGGCUGAAUGAAAAACUCUGGCCGGUCGAAAAUUACUUACGAACGCACGGAACCUGGCGUAGUUAUGGUCCAUCCCACAUUGGCCAGACCACUCAAAAUUCCACUCCCUGCGGGCAGAAUAUCACAACAGAGGACGGGGUGGUGGUGGCCCUGCCGCCAUGUAAGACUGGUGCUUGGAUUGUACCCGCGAUCAUGGCCUGCUACCUGCUGGUGGCCAACAUACUGCUCGUCAACCUACUUAUAGCAGUGUUUAACAACACAUUCUUUGAGGUAAAGUCCAUCUCAAACCAAGUGUGGAAGUUUCAGCGCUACCAACUCAUCAUGACGUUCCAUGAACGGCCAGUCCUUCCUCCACCCCUCAUUAUCUUCAGUCACAUAACAAUGGUCCUAAAGCAUCUAUGCUGUCGCUGGCGCAAGCAUGAUGAUGACGAGAGGGACUAUGGACUGAAGCUUUUCAUCACUGAGGAUGAGCUGAAGAAAGUUCAUGAUUUUGAGGAGCAAUGCAUAGAAGAGUACUUCAGAGAGAAAGAUGACAGAUUCCACUCAUCUAAUGAUGAAAGGAUACGAGUCACAUCCGAGAGGGUGGAGAACAUGGCAAUGCGUUUGGAAGAGGUCAAUGAGAGGGAACACUUUAUGAAAGCAUCGCUGCAGACUGUGGAUAUUCGUCUGGCCCAAAUGGAGGAGCUGAUUGGACGGAUUGCUGUGGCUUUAGAACGUGUGACAGGUGUUGAGCGUGUGGAGGUCAACAAAGCGCGCUCCCGGACCUCAUCUGACUGCACAGACUCAGCAUAUAUACUCCGCCAAGCUGAGUGCCCAGAGUCUGCAUACAUCCUCCGCCAAAGCAGCUUUAACAGCACAGAGGGGAAUGCCUACCGCCUUCAGGAGGCACUGGAGGGGACAGCUGAGGGCUCUAUGUCCCCUCCCUCUCCAACUGGCAUGGCUGCUCGGGCAAGAAGUCACUCUUUUUAUGUCGGGGGUGGACGUACUAUCGAACGAGCAAGUGGGGCUGAGCGAGCUGAAAGCUUCUUUAAGGAGCGCUCGCUCAGUCUCCACCGAGCCAAUAGCUCGCAAUCUGUGUCUUCAGCUGCCGCCACCAAGGAGUCUAAGCCCCUCCCACUGGCGACGCUGUCGGUUUCCCAGCAGCACCGUCCAUCAUCGUGCAUUGAUAUCUAUGUCUCAACUUCUGAGGAGGUGGGGCCUGCAGAGGUCUUUCUUGAUCCUCUCCGUGUGGUCCCACCCCUCCAGAGAGACUCUUCACUGCAGUCAGAUAUCAUAGAGAUGGUGCUGCCAGGAGGCCGCGACUUCAGCAGCACUGCUACUAGCGGUUUGGGCGACAGGCACUCGGAGGGCGGCGGAGGCAGCAGUGGAACGACUGGAGCUAUGUAUGACGACAGCGCGGCAGCUGAUUUGUCAUUGUGCUCAGCAAACCUCUUACCAGACACCACCCUACCUCCUUGGGAUGUGGAGCCAUCUCCCCCUCCCUCAGCAGGGCUGCUAGAACGCUCCAAGAGCAGCCGUUACCUCUCCACAACAGGCACAGCGUUCCUGGAUGAGCCUACUCUUGUCAAGUCCCACAGCCUCAUGUUCACGCCUAGAAGUUGUUAUGGUGGAUUGGGGGCAGGAGUCCAGGUGAAGGCUGCAGAAUACACCAGCAUCACUGACUGCAUCGACACCCGCUGUGUAUCAACUCCAUACACACCUGCAGAAUGCUCACACUCACCGGGAGGAUCCACCUCAUUCACCUUUGAUAAGCCGUCAGACAUUAGUUCCUCUCACCCAGAGAGAGAGGCAGAGCUAAGUCACACAGAGUCUGAUCCAGAGGACCCAGAGGACCUGAUACCAGCCUCCGAUACUCCACGCAUAACAGGCCUAGGCAGGCCCAGCGGAGCUCCUCUCUGCUCCACCCUCUCCAGGCUGGAGCGAGCGAACAGCUGCUCCUCAGAUGACUCCCAUCCAUCACUCACUCUGGCUCCUCCGCAUCGGAAGAGUCUGUCAGUGAGUGAGAGGAUGGAGAGGGGACCGGGUUUGGGAGCAGACAGGGGACCUGGGCCUGGGGGGCGGGGUCUUGCUGGACACAGAUACCCUUUCCUCAGGAGCAAGUCUGGAGCAAGACCUGACACAGCCAAAACUGACAGCCUGUCCAUAAGGAAGCUGGCUGCUCCAUCAGCUUUCCACAGCUUUGAUAGACAAAACUAUACGUGACAAGGGCCCACUGGCGCCCUCACGCAUCGUUAGGGCCUAGGUGAAAACUGAAAAGGGCCAAAGUAACAGCAGGAGGAAAUUGCCCAUAGAUGCUGAUGUGGAACAUAUCUAUAUUUUAUUCCAAUGCAUUUUAGAUAUGGAAAGGUUUAGUUAUGAUCAGCAUCUAUGUACAUCACUCAAAAAAGAGCUAUGAAUUUAGACUAGUUUAUACCUCUUGUAGCAAAGUAACUUACAAUGGGGUGCCAUGAAAAUGGAAGUUGUAUUUUUCCUUUAGGUCUUCCACCAACCUUAUACACAUCAAGUAGACAUCGGUCACUGUUUUGCAUCACAUAUCAGUCACCCUAGACAGACAAAAUAUACUGUUAUUCCUACCUGUAUUACGUGGUAGAAACUGUUAAAUCUGAGAGACAAAGAAAGGGACAAGAAUGGAGAUGGAGCUAAUCACUUCAUUUUGUUAUUUUGCGUCAGCAUAAUCAAUGUUAGGUUUCCACUUCAAAAAUAUGUUUUACUCAUUGAAGAAUCCCAACUCAAACCAGAGGGAUACCCAAACCCUAGCUAAUUUAGAAACUGACAAUUUACAACAGGGAAAAUAAGGAUUAAACAUGUUAAUACUUCUCUCUCUCUGUCAACAACCCAAGUAAUCCAUUAAGUUAAUUUUAAACUAAGCAGAAAACAUUUGUUGGUAAUGACAGCUUUAAGACAUAGUCCUGGAGAAAAUAGUAUUGUUCAGGUGUGAUGUGAUAUUGACCAGAUUCCCUUCAGAUCUUUAAGGGUCAUUAGGGGCUCCUCUGUGAUCCUCUGAUCAUCUUCCAUAGAUUUUCGGUUUGCUUUAUUUUAUUUGGAUCAUGGCCUGGCUAAAAAUUGAACCCUUGAUCCUUUUCAGAUUCUUAUCAAGAAUGUCCUGAAAAAUUUCUCCAGUCAUCCUACUUCUUAAAAAACUGCCCUGCACCAUAAUGUUCUAACAUCCAAACUUCAAUGUUUGUAUAGUGUUUUGGGGGUUAUGUGAAGGCCAUCUCCUCUGUAAACAUGGUGUGCACAAUGACAUCCAAAGAAGAAAAUUCUGUUCACAUCUGAUCAGAAUGUAUUCUGCCAGUAUUUCAACGAUGUGUCCAAACGUUCUGAAGUGAACUUUUAACAAUCUUCAAAAUGAUUUUUCUUCAAAAGUGGAGUAUUUUGCAGUGAGUGUUAAUAGAGAUCGAUGUGGUUGAGUGCAUAACUUAUCUCGCUCAUGAAAAAACUCAACCUGCCAAUUCAGUUUUUUUGAGCUCUCUUAUUGGCUCUUUGACCACUCUUGAAUUUGUUUUUGUUUUUUUUGUUAGAAAUCUGGCAAAGAGCCCCUGGACACGGCCAUUAUUUGUUGUGUUCUUUUCACUUUCAUAAUAUGGCCUCAAGUGUUCUCACUUUAGAAUGUAGAAUUUAGACAUUUAAAGAUACAUUUGUAAGUGAUGCUAUCAUUAUAUUUUACAACAAUAUGUUUAUAAAGGUCUUGUGAAAGCUCUUUGCUUUUACCCAUUAUGAGGCUUAUACAGUACCUCAAUUUUUAUUGGCCAACCUUUUUAUUGGCAAUCUAUUAGAGCUGAACAAGCAGCUAUUAUUUGCACUAAUAAGGAAUUUGUUGACCUUCUUAAUAAUGACAAAUUUCAGCUGGUUUCUUGACUUUCUUUCCCUUUUUGCACCAUAUGUUUUUUGUAUGUUCAAUACUAAUUCUCUGAGUCAGUCCAUUAUUACAUAUAAAUACCUCAAUGGAAUCUUUUGAGGUGUAGAUUAUUUGGGUUGGUACAGAAAAUCUUGUGUGAAUUUCACAUCAUUAAAUAUAUUUACAAAGAAAAAUGUUGACAUGUUGAAUACUUACUUUCCCUGCUGUGUGUUGUAUGGAAUGUGGCUGUGGCUAAUGUUUACACACAUAAUCUUUGAAGUAGUCAAGAUAUAAUUCACUUUUUAAAUUAUUAUUGAAUUCAGAAUUAUCAUCAAAAUAACCUGACAAAUCAUGAUUGUCUCUGGAUUAAAAUAACUUUUAAGUUUACGGAAGAUUUCUCUUAUAUUUCUAAACUUGUGUUUUAAUAAUUGGUUGAACAUAAGCAAAAGUGUGUAUGGUGAAUCUACACAGACACAUAAACUUUGUCUGACACCUUUUCAGCCCUGUCCCCAGAACUUUGUCAAGCGCAAUUGCAAAAAAUGAGGACAAUAAACCUACAAUCCUACCUUGGUCUGCCAGAUGAACCUGGUAUCACCUUCUUUUUAAUGUGUUUAACACCACAAAUCUCUCCACUUAAUAAAUUAUAGAUCUGUUGUUAUUAAGCCAUCCUUCAAAUUUUGGCAGUUGUAAUAUUUUUCUGUCCAGCUACACAUAAUCGACCCAUCCUUUAUCUUUUCCAAUCAUUAUCAUUAUCAUUUGUUUAUUACAUUUUUCAGUGAAAUUCAAAGCACGCCACCUCAAAGAGACUAAAAGAAAGCAGCUGAUUGGUGAUACGCCCAAAUAUAAACUAUGUACAGGUCAUAGACAUUUACAUUAAAUAAAAGCACUAAUUUAUGAAUUAACUUUUCAAAAUGCUUAAAAAAUAAGCUGUUGAGCAUAUGCACUUUUGGUGAGAUUUAAGAAAGGUGUGUGUUGUAGAUGACGAAAGAUAAAGAAAGCUGAUCAUCAACUGAUGAUAGCUAGAUUCAUGUUUUUACAUAUUAUAAUAUUUAUUCUGGUGGAAGAAGUAGGCGUGGAGAAAGACGCCUUUCUCCAAUAGAUUUGCAAACUCAAUAUUGGUGAAAUUAUUCAAAUCUAUCUUGAGUUUGAUGUUUUUAAACUCUUUCUCACUAUAUCAAUUCAGUUUAAUUAUGUUGUAUUUAUUCGAGAUGAUGAUUCUUUUUAUAACUAUUUUCUUGCUCAUUAGUGAUAAUAAUAGUAAAUGCCUGUUUGAAUUACAAAAUAAUAUUUAUAUGUUUUCAGUGAUAUUUUUGUCAAAUUUUAAGUAUUUUCUAAUCAAGCUUUUAAAUAUAAUAAAAGAUGACCACCUACAUGCACUAAAUGAUGAUGUACAAUAUUAUUUAUUAAAUAUAGAAUAACCUCAAAUACUGUACAUUUACAUCAUAUUUAAAGUAUUUAAAGUAGUUUCUAUUGUGUGUUUUAUCAAGCAACUUAUGAGAUUUGUUUUACACAGUUGCCAUUAUACCAAACUUAGGGUGCCUUUUGGGCAUGGGUGGAUUAUGUGGGGAUUGACGUGAUUCAAGAAUCUGUGAAGUUACUCAUUUUUGUGUUCUUUUCUUUCAUAUAGGGGUCAGCUAUUAAGAAUUAUUUAUUCAUAGACUUCUGUUUUUCCCUUUUCCAUCUAAUGUACAUAGUGAAGGAAUGGUUAUUAUUAGGAGACUGCAUCAUUGCUUGAAUGGAGAUUUAUUUGAAUACACCAAAAAUUAUAGGAGAUGUCUUUAUCACAAUGCUUUGUGGAUUAAGAGAAUAGAAGAAUCUGUAUGCAAGUGACACUGAGGUGUUAUGAUGAGGACAGAGCUUUUCCACAUGGCUGGUUCUGCUGUUGCAGUAACUCUUCUGUUUAGCUGUCUGUGCAUCACACACCCCAUCUUACAAUCAAAACUUACAGACUGUUAAACAUCUCUAAUUGUUAAUGCGGUAAGACAUUAGGCAACUGUGGUAAGCGCUUUCUUCUGCAUAACCAGACAUCACCAAUCUUUUUUUUUUAAGGAAAACAUCUGUGCAAUGUCCUUUCAACCUACAGGUGCAUCUCAAUAUAUUAGAAUAUAAUAAAAAAUAUGUUUAAAUAAUUCAAUUCAAACUGUGAAACUGAUUUAUUGUAAAGCUUCAUUACACACAAAGUUAUACAACUCAAGUAUUGUUACAUUUGAUGAUUGUAGCUUACAGUGAAUGGAAUACUACAAUUUAGUUUCUCAGACAAAUUGAAUAUUACAUAACAACAAUACAAAAUAAUACCAAAGGUUCUGAACUUAAAUGAAAAUAAAACUGAAGUUAUUUUUGGUCCCAGUUGAAACCGUAGUGCUUCUUCUUCUUCUCCAGAUCUAAGUAGCCUGGAGCAGUUUGUAAAAUCUCAUAAAACAAAUCUACAAAUAUGAACAUCACUUCACUGGCUUCCUGUUCAUUUUAGAAUUGAUUUGAAGUUUUAUUGAUUAUCUAUAAGGCCCUAAAUGGGCUGGCUCCUAUACAUCUAUUUGACCUCCUGCAGCUUAAUGUGCCCUAAAGAUCAGUUAGAUCUAAAGAUCUUUUGAUUUGAGUUUUUCAGAGGUCGAGACUGGUCCACAGAGGUGAUCGGGCCUUCUCUGUUGUAGCUUCUAAACUGUGGAACCAGCUCCCCCUUCAUAUCAAACAGGUUUAAUCUUUUAUUGUUUUUAAGUCUCUUCUUAAAACACACUUGUACUUGGCUUUUAUUACAGCAUGAGAGUUAACUUAUGGUUUUAUUUCAUCGUGUCAUACUUUUUAAUUUUGUUUUUAACUUUGAGCUAUUGUUGGAACUUGUGGUUUUGGUGUCCAGCACUUUGGCACUUUGAAUUUGAUUUAAAGAUGUCUGUCAGAACCUAUCACAAGACAUGCAUGAUUUUUAUACAGAAUAUGCUAGAAUUUACUGUUCUUCCAAUUCUCUUUUAAUCAGGCCCAGUUAAAUAUGCUCUAACUUAUAAUAAAUGAAAAAAUACUAACCUUAUCUUGUUUUCAAGAGGUAAAUCAUCAUCGACUAUCAUUCCUACAAUUAAAAUUGCAAAUGGCACAGAAAUUGAGAUGGUCAAACUACUUUGUGUAAUCCAACAUUCUAAACUUUCUUUCAAAGACCACAUUAACAAUCUUGUGUCUAAAUUAAAAUCAAAGCUUUCUUCUACAGAAACAAGGCCUGUUUCUCUCAACAAGUCUGGGAUUACUUAAUCUCAGCAACAUUGCUUCCUUUUCUGGACUAUGGUGACUCUUUAUGAAUUCACGUAAGCAAAAUCUCAAGAAACUGAUUUCAAUGUAUCACUGUCCUCUACAUUUUAGCACUGGUUGUGAAUAUCUUGUUCACCAUUGUCAUCUGUAUGUAGCUGCUUGUUUUCCUUCCUUUUCUGUUUGCAGACAGGCACACAUGCUUCAUUGUUCCCUCUGUUAAAAACAUUUAUGGACAUGUUGAUUUAAUUUUCCAGCAGGAUCUGACACCUGCCCACAAUUUAAAAGUACCCGAAGUUGCUUUUUUGACUAUUUUAUUGGGUUUUUACCUAAACCCCAUAGAGAGUCUAUGGGGUAUUGUCAAGAAUAAGAUGAAAGACUUCCCAAUCCUCUCAUGGCUGUGGUUAUCCCUAAUGCUUGUACACCUUUUUCAUGACACUUUGUCUGUAACGGUCUCAAAGUCAACUCUCAAGUCACUAGUCUUCCCGAUGAUUGUGUAGGCUAUAAAAUAGCAUUUUUGAAAAUAAAAAACAACAUAAUUUUAUUGGGACUAUGUAACAUUCAGAUUUUUAAAGAAAGAGGAUUUUUGGAUUUUUAAUUGCUGGGUGUAACAAGUCUAAGUUCCUAUGACUUUCGCUUUUUAAAUAGAAUUAGUGAUAAUUACUGUUUUAAAUUACAUUCUAAUUUACUGAGAGGCAUCUGUAUUGUUCUUAACAUCAACUGAAGGUUUGCAGUGCCAAUGGCCGGUCAGUAUCAAUCAUGAAAGUAGAACAGAACUAGAAGCGUGCUGUAGGUGUUCGACACAUGCAAAAGUUCAGAUUUACAGCGUCUUCAACAAAUGUGUGGAUUGCAUUGUGAGAGGAUGACCCUAGAUCAGUGCUCAGGGACAACAUUACCCAAGUGAUGCAAGAUAUGAAGUGUUUCACUGAGACUCAGUGGAUUAAGACAAGGAAGAGAAAGAAAAGAACUGAACAGUUUGUUUAGAAGGCGUCCAAAAUAAUCACUGUGCUUUAUAAGUCUAACCCAGAAUUUGUACGUGUGUGUGUGUAUAUAUAUAUCUAUAUAUCUAUAUAUAUAUAUAUAUAUAUAUAUAGAUAUAGAUAUAGAUAUAUAUAUAUGUGUGUGUGUGUAUGUGUAUUGUCUUGAAAAAUAGCAAUAGCAAAUAAACGAAUGUCUUCAUUCUAGCUUAUCUUGCUCACACUUUGAAGUGUAAAUUACUGACAGUAAAAACAAAAGGGUGGGAUUUUCUCUCUCUCUUUUUUCCAGUUUGUUUCUUAUAGUGCUUAUUUGGUGUAGGCUUUGGUCACGUACAGUCGCUGCUCCAAUUUUGAACCAAAUCAAACUAAACUGUCAAACCAAAUGGAAACAGGCUGAGAUGCAUUCUCUCGACCUUUGGCUACCAAGCUAUGACAGUCGGUGAUUAAAGGAAAUAAGUUUUAACAGUUCAGCUGAAGUUCUGCGUGACAACAAAUGACUGUGUUUUGACUUUGGCCCUCCCUUUUUGGCCUGUUAUGAUUUUUUUUUUUGUAGUCCCCACUCCAAAGAAUAUCGGAUAACAGACUUGUCCUUGGCAUGUAGAAACAGUGGUAUGAUUUAUACAUCGACAUGGCUGUUGUGGAAGAGCUGUUUUUGAGAUGUGAAUGUGACUUGCAUGCAUGUGAAACCAGACAUUUAGAAUACACCAUUCACAGGAAGGCAUGCCAGGACAACACAAACCACCAUAUAGUCUCAGUGUACAGUAUUUUAAAAAUAUUUUCCUAUUCUAUAUUAUACAUUGUGGGGGAAAGACGCGCAUUUAUUGAUGAUCAACAGAUAGUUUUUUUUAUUUUCCUUUCUAUAAAAUCUGUAUACUAGUAGGCUGAAGGAGAGUUUUAUGCACACAUAUUUCUGCAAUAAUUACUGAUGUUAAACUAAAAGGGACUUAGUGGAUCCCACCUAUUGGUCACACUUAAUUUUAUGUCCUUAAAAUGCAUGCAGUUCUUCCACUCAGCUUGUACACAGAUGACUUGUAAUGUUAACCAAGAGAAAGACGGAAAUAAAUGAUCUUAUGAAAUAAAAGUAGUGCGUAUUUGGAUGCAAAUACACAUCUGUACUCUUCAAUGUGAAUAGGAUUCUGUCUGGCAUGCAUUGUUAAAUAAACAGUUACAUAGAUUGG